CGGCGGUCAAGUCGAUUGCUGCGGGCGUCGCCGGCGCCGCGCUGUUAACGAACCGUGGCACUUAAUUUGAGUGGUCGGUGAGAACGGUUUAAUGCGAACUGCCAGGCGCCGCGCCGACUAGGAGUUACUAACAAUGAAGAAUCAUGAAGAAUCAUGAAGAAUAAUGAGAGGUGCCGCCAGGCGCCGCGCUGACUAACCCCCUGGACGUGAUUCGAAACGAGAUGUUCAAGACGGAUGAGGCGCUCGGCGAGACGACGCGUCGGUUGCUGCGUCGCGAGGGCGCGUCUUUCUUGUGGCGGGGCAUGGCGCGCAACCUCGUCGCCGUCGCCGCCCCCAUCGGCAUGACGAUUUUCCUCACGGACGCGAUCGUCGACUACCGCAGCUCGCGCGGCGUCGCCUCCCCCGCCGCCUCCGCCUCCGCCGCCACAGCCCCCGCCGCCUCCGCCGCCGCUUCCGCCGCCGCUGCCGCCGCGCCCGCCGCCGCUGCCGCCUCCCCCGCAGCCGCCGCCGCGUCCGAGCGGGGGUUGCGGCCGAUAUGAGCUGUUGGAGUCCAGCCAGUGGCGGUGUCGCUAGAGGUGUCGCGGCGCAGUGGGCUUGCGCCAGGCGCCCGCCGGAGCCCAGAGAUGCCCUCGUGGAGAGGGCGCAAUGGGUUGGUGGCGCGCGUGGUGGCGCGCGUGCAUGCGCAUAGUCGGUGUAGGCGGGAGCGUUCGUGGGAAACGCCGGGUUGAGUGUUGAUCAUGUGUGAAAUGUGCCGCGUCGAGCAGUUGUGUGCGGCACGGCCCUCCAUGUUUAAACGCGCGCGGUGGUGUGCCGUGUGCGCGGUUGUAAUGUCUCCUCAGGACGGUUCCGUUUUGUGUCUCGACCACAACUCUCAGAAAGC